CCCAAGCCGGCAACCAGGUCCCUGACGUGAGCUCGGGCGUCACUUUUGAGUCGUCACCAAUAUGGGCAAGGAGAAGACCCACAUCAACAUCGUGGUGGUGGGCCACGUGGACUCCGGCAAGUCCACCACCACCGGUCAUCUCAUCUACAAGUGUGGUGGCAUCGACAAGCGAACCAUUGAUAAAUUCGAGAAGGAAUCGACUGAGAUGGGCAAGGGAUCCUUCAAGUACGCCUGGGUGCUGGACAAGCUGAAGGCUGAGCGUGAGCGUGGUAUCACCAUUGACAUUGCCCUGUGGAAGUUUGAGACCAACAGGUUCUACGUGACCAUCAUUGACGCUCCCGGGCAUCGUGAUUUCAUCAAGAACAUGAUCACUGGCACCUCCCAGGCCGACUGCGCCGUGCUGAUUGUGGCGGCAGGCACGGGUGAGUUCGAGGCGGGCAUCUCCAAGAACGGUCAGACCCGCGAGCACGUGCUGCUGUGCUUCACCCUGGGUGUGAAACAGCUCAUCGUGGCUGUCAACAAGAUGGACAGCACUGAGCCCAAGUACUCUGAGGCCAGGUUCAAUGAGAUCAAGAAGGAACUGACUGCCUACGUCAAGAAGGUGGGCUACAACCCUACCAUCGUGCCCAUCCUGCCCAUCUCUGGCUUCAAUGGUGACAACAUGCUGGAGAAGUCUGACAACAUGUCCUGGUGGACCAAACAGAAGAUCGAGCGCAAGAGUGGCAGCUAUGAAUACAUCACCCUCUUUGACGCCCUGGACAACAUCGAACCUCCCACCAGACCCGUGGACAAGCCUUUGCGUUUGCCACUCCAGGAUGUCUACAAGAUCGGUGGCAUUGGCACAGUGCCCGUGGGCCGUGUGGAGACCGGCAUCCUCAAGCCUGGCAUGGUUGUGACUUUUGCCCCCACUGGCCCCACCACUGAGGUCAAGUCUGUGGAGAUGCACCACGAGGCCCUGACCGAGGCUAUGCCCGGCGACAACGUUGGCUUCAACGUGAAGAACGUGUCUGUCAAGGACUUGAAACGUGGCUUCGUGGCUUCUGACAACAAAAACGACCCCGCCAAGGAAGCUGCAGACUUCACCUCUCAGGUGAUCGUGCUGAACCACCCUGGCCAGAUCCAGGCUGGCUACUCCCCCGUGCUGGACUGCCACACCGCACAUAUCGCCUGCAAGUUUGCCGAGCUGAUCCAGAAGAUCGACAGGCGUACCGGCAAAGAAAUUGAAGCCAAUCCGAAGCACAUCAAAUCUGGGGACUCGUGUAUCAUUAAGAUGGUACCCAGCAAGCCCAUGUGCGUGGAAACCUUCCAGCAGUACGCCCCUCUGGGUCGCUUCGCUGUGCGUGACAUGAAGCAGACGGUGGCCGUGGGUGUCAUUAAGGAGGUAAACAAGAAGGAAGGGACUGGUAAGACUACGAAGGCUGCCGAGAAGGCCCUCAAGAAGAAGUAACUAUCUGAGGGCGGCCGUGCGGCCACCAUGGGCUCGCUGCUUGCCACCACCACACCCAACACCUGCAUUUGCCACAGGAAGGUGGUCCGGAGGAAAGAUCCUCACCUCUCCUAGGACUGUCAUCAAUACUUCGUGCUAAUCGUCGUGGCGUAUACAUACAUAAAUACAUACAUACAUACAUACAUACAUACAUACAAACAUUGAUGCAACUUAUUACUGAUAACUAAAUCAACCACGCCAACCAGCAUCACCCCCCUCUCCCCACACUCUCCAUUAUACUCGUUACUUACCCCCUCCUCCCCAACGUCGAGACCUGAGUCGGCUACCCCUCCCCCCACCAUGUUCCCCAAACCACACCUGGGCCUGCUGCUGCCUGCCUGCCUGCCAGUGCUGUCCCGCGCGCUGUAGCCUGCAUCCAUUCAGUCAGUCGGUCACUCACGCCAAGGACUCGUUACGGAAAGCAUAUAACCGCACAAAUUAGUUACGUGUUGGGGCAUUGUUAACCACCUGUGCUGUACCGCGGGGCUCUGAUCAACGCGUGUGUGUACCUGUACCAAGACCAAAUCUAUACAGAACGGUAGUGCCAAAAUCUGUUCAAAUCUUUCCUUUUACUCUUGCACAUUUAUAUACUCAUUAUCAUCACUACUAGAUACAGCAAAAUUAUGCUAAAAAGGAAUAAGCUCAGUUAGUAAGUUAGUAAGAAAGAAUUUUAGUGGUACUGCAUGCACAAGGAGAAAUUUAUAUUAUGUACUUGAAUAGUGAGAUGAAAAAUUACAUUGUUUUCUAAUAUUGUAAUACUAGGGAAGGUGUAAUAUAAUUGUUUUCCAGCUUGAUCGCUCAAACUUUUAGCCUAAGGUCAAUUAAUAAUUAAGGGGAGGUUAGAAGGCACAAAAUUAUUAUUAUUAUUAUUAUUAUUAUUAUUAUUAUUAUUAUUAUUAUUAUUGUUACUAUUAUUACAAUUUAUUAUUACUGUUAUAAUUUAUUAUGAUUAUUAUGUCCCCGCCCGACGUUUCAGUGACGACUCAACAAAAAUGAAAAAAAUACAAAAAAUAAAGCGCUAAAACAAUUUCUCUCUAAAAAAA